AUGGAUGUGGUAGAUUUUGGUAGUCUCGAUCAUUUCGUGUUGACUACAACUGAUGACUGUCUUGCACCAUUUCCAAGCUCGAAUCCGACAUGCGAGUUGCUCAAUUCAUUUGCUGCUGAUAAGUUUGUAUACGAGAAAGAACAAGACUUGGAAAUACUCUUGGCUGCAGGAUAUGAUGUUCACUCUAGUGAGAGUAAAGAUUUACAAAGUCUUUUAGACUGCAAAGUAGAGCCACACACGAAGCUGCGAAAGCAGAGGAUUUCGAUGCUACCAACGACGACGAGAACAACAGGGUCAACUGUACCACGUCAUUGCAAACGGAAGACGGUAGAUCUUCAUCGACUUGGAGACGACGCAAACAAAUUAGGCGACCAAAACUUGCGUAAGAAGAUGAAGAAGAUGAAGAAACAGGAGCAAUCCACCUCAGUAAAGCCUAUCACCACAAAGAGUGAGAUAAAAGUUGUGGAACAGACGGAAAGUAUGUACCGACGGAGAUAUGACAUUUUACAUGGCAUCCUGGAAGCAUGGAACACUGGAGGCAUUGAAGACCUGGAAGAAAUUGCUGGCAACGUGUAUGACGACGACGUCAUUCUCAUAAGUCCUGAUUACUCGGAAGGUCUGCACGGCGUAGAAGCUGUAAUGUCACAUUGGAGCUUGCUAUUGGACGCGUUUCCCGACGGAAUGAUGGAAGAAUACAUCAUUCAGCGCGAAGAAGGAAGCACCGAGACAAUGAAGGCCACGUGGACUUUCAGUGGUACGCAAAUCUUUCCAAUUCUUGGCGUACAGCCUCGCCACAAGAAAGUUUGUAUCAAUGGCAAGUCCUUAUUUAUAUUCAAGAACGACCGAAUUCGGCGGAUUGAGCUUUCAUGGAAUUAUGGCGAGACGCUGCUAAAGCUGAUGGGAGUACAACCUGAAGAGACUAACAGCGUCACCCUUGGUGUGCCUGCAUUUACAAACACUUCACAUUCCGUAGUUAACCAAUGA